GGAUUGCAUUCUUAGGGACUCCAAGAGGAAGAAAGUACCUUUAUCCUAAAAGUUCUGGCCUCAGGGACCUUUGACCAGUUCUAUUGAUCUGGACUCCUGGUCAAGUGGUUGGACCAACAGACAGACGCCAUGAGGGCUCUGCUGCUCCUGGGGGCCCUGCUGGUGAGCCUGGAGUCAACGGUUUCGACUCCACCUUGGAAAGGCCCCAAGAAGCAGAAACUCACAGAGAGUGAGCACACAGUGGUUCUCACUGUCACCGGGGAACCCUGCCACUUCCCCUUCCAGUACCACCGGCAGCUGUAUCAUAAAUGCAUCCACAGAGGCCGGCCAGGCCCCCGACCUUGGUGUGCUACCACCCCCAACUUUGAGAAGGACCAACGAUGGGCAUACUGCCUGGAACCCAAGAAAGUGAAAGACCACUGCAGCAAACACAAUCCCUGCCAGAAGGGAGGGACCUGUGUGAACAUGCCCGAUGGCCCUCACUGCAUCUGUGCAGAUCACCUCACUGGGAAGCACUGCCAGAAAGAGAAAUGCUUUGAGCCCCAGUUUUUCCGGUUCUUCCACGAGAAUGAAAUAUGGCACAGGCUUGAGCCAGCCGGUGUGGUCAAGUGCCAAUGCAAGGGUCCAAAUGCCCAAUGCAAGCCACUGGCCAGCCAGGUCUGCCGCACCAACCCGUGUCUCAACGGGGGCAGCUGCCUACAGGCGGAGGGCCACCGCCUGUGCCGUUGCCCCCCUAGCUUCGCGGGACGUUUGUGCGAUGUAGACCUCAAGGCGAGUUGCUACGACGACCGCGGACUCAGCUACCGAGGCAUGGCCAGGACCACGCUGUCCGGAGCACCCUGUCAGUCGUGGGCCUCCGAGGCCACCUACUGGAAUGUGACCGCAGAGCAAGUGCUGAACUGGGGACUGGGCGACCACGCCUUCUGCCGGAACCCCGACAACGACACCCGCCCGUGGUGCUUCAUUUGGAAAGGCGACCGACUGAGCUGGAAUUACUGCCGCCUGGCACCUUGCCAGGCCGCAGCUAGGCACGAGGUCUUCCCCUUGCCCUCGCCGUCGGCUUCGGAGAAACCUGAGUCCACGACCCAGACCCCGCUUCCAUCCCUGACUUCAGGCUGGUGCUCGCCGCCCGAACAGCCGACUCCUCUGGCCGGCGCAGGCCCCGAGGGCUGUGGACAGCGGCUCCGCAAAGGGCUGUCCUCGCUGAACCGCGUCGUCGGAGGACUGGUGGCGCUCCCCGGGGCACACCCCUACAUCGCCGCGCUGUACUGGGGCCAACAUUUCUGCGCCGGCAGCCUCAUUGCUCCCUGUUGGGUGCUGACUGCGGCUCACUGCCUGCAGAACCGACCCGCGCCGGAGGAGCUGACCGUGGUGCUCGGCCAGGACCGCCACAACCAGAGCUGUGAGCAGUGCCAGACGCUGGCAGUGCGGGACUACCGCCUGCAUGAGGCCUUCUCCCCCAUCACCUACCAGCACGACCUGGCUCUGGUGCGCCUGCAGGAGAACGCGGACGGCUGUUGCGCGCACCCGUCGCCUUUCGUUCAGCCAGUAUGCCUGCCGAGUAGCGCCGGCCGCCCCGCCGAAUCCGAAGCCGCAGUCUGCGAGGUGGCCGGCUGGGGUCACCAGUUCGAGGGUGGGGAAUAUUCCAGCUUCCUGCAGGAGGCUCAGGUGCCGCUCAUCGACCCGGAGCGCUGCUCCGCCCCCGACGUGCACGGAGCCGCCUUCACCCGCGGCAUGCUCUGCGCUGGCUUCCUCGAGGGCGGCACCGACGCGUGCCAGGGUGACUCCGGAGGCCCUCUGGUGUGUGAGGAUGAGACCCCUGAGCGCCAGCUCAUCCUGCGAGGCAUAGUCAGCUGGGGCUCAGGUUGCGGCAACCGCUUCAAGCCGGGUGUUUACACCGACGUGGCCAACUACAUAGCCUGGAUUCGGGAGCACACGGCUUCCUGACAGCCCGGCGACUGUCUUUCCCUUCUGAGCAGUUCUGGAAUGGAAGCGUGGCUGACGGGGAGCAUUAUGGAUAGCAAAGAUUGUUUUCCAUUCCCCCAGCGCUUCCAGCCCAGGGCUGGGCAUAGGCACUCAAUAAAGUGCUUUUGAAGAUGCUUGAAA